AUGACGUAUAAAUCUCAACAACAAAUAAAUGAUCGUCGUCAAUCAGAAUCUUAUCAACAACGAUAUCAAACAAUAAAUACAGCAUCUAUACCACCAUUAAUGAGUGUACGAUCUGAUGUAAAUACAACUGCAAAAUUAUAUAAAAUUGCUAAUCAUAUAAAUUCAUCACAUUAUGAUGAUGAAAAUAUGUAUCAUGAUUUAAAUUUCAAAAACCCAUCAACAACAAUAUACAACUUAUAA